AUGAGCAAAGAAAAAGUUGAGCAGCUGGACCAUCGAUCCUACAGUGUCGACGAGAGUGGGCGCCGUCUGUCUGUGACUGGGCGACGUGUUUCUGUUGUCGAUGAUGUCUUUGGAGAGAUCGUUGAAGGUGGCCCAAAUUACCGCAAUGUCGGUUGGAUGGGAACUGUUGCCCUCAUGAUGAAGACCCAGAUUGGUCUCGGUGUCCUCUCGAUUCCAGCCGUUCUCGACACUCUCGGGAUGAUUCCAGGCGUCAUUUGCUUGCUAGCGAUUGCUGUGAUCACAACAUGGUCGGACUACAUGGUCGGUAUAUUCAAGCUUCGACAUCGCUCCGUCUACGGCAUCGACGAUGCUGGUCAAUUGAUGUUCGGUCGUGUUGGACGCGAAACACUCGGGGUUGCAUUCAUCCUUUACUGGAUUUUCGUCGCUGGCGCUGGCAUGCUUGGCACCUCAAUUGGUCUGAAUGCUGUCUCGACGCAUGGAGCAUGUACUGCAAUCUUCGUUGCUGUUGCUGCGAUUAUAGGAUUCGGCCUCUCUAGCAUUCAGACACUUGGUAAAAUAACCUGGCUCGCGUGGCUAGGAUUGACGUGUAUCUUGACCGCAAUUUUCACUGUCACUAUUGCUGUCGGCAUACAAGACCGCCCUGCUGCCGCGCCUCCAGAAGGUGUCUUUGUGUCAGAUUACAAGCUCACCAACAACCCAUCGUUCACUCAAGCCAUCUCCGCUUGUUCUUCAUUGGUCUUCGCAUACGCCGGCACACCUGCCUUCUUUUCGAUCAUUUCUGAAAUGCGAGAUCCUCGACACUACACACGAUCCCUCAUCAUUUGCCAGAGUGGUGUCACGAUUACGUACACCGUAAUCGGCGUUGUGGUCUACUACUAUUGCGGUUCGUUUGUAGCCUCACCUGCUCUCGGAUCAGCGGGUGUCCUCAUCAAGAAGAUCUGCUAUGGGUUUGCUCUUCCGGGGCUCCUUGUCACAACGACUCUCGUCAUCCACUUGCCAGCCAAGUACAUCUUCGUGCGCCUUUUGCGUGGUACCCAUCACCUUAGUGAGAACACCUUUAGACAUUGGGCAACCUGGCUGGGCUGCACAGGCGGAAUUGCGAUCAUUGCUUAUGUGAUUGCAAGCGCCAUUCCUGUCUUCGGUGGUCUUGUCUCCCUCGUCGGUGCUUUGCUCGGUACGCUCAUGUCGUUCCAGCCGAUGGGCUGCAUGUGGUUGUACGACAACUGGAGCACAUUCAAGGCCGAACGAACAACCAAGUUAACGCUGAUGGUUUGCUGGGCUGUUUUUGUGGUCGUGUCAGGGACUUUCUUGAUGAUCGGCGGCACCUAUGGGUCUAUCGUUGGCAUCAUGGAUUCGUACAAAGCUUCUGGAGGCUCGGCGGCAUGGUCCUGUGCUGAUAACUCGAACUCAGUGUGA